AUCAAAAUCAGUUCGCAUCGUCCGGAUCAAAUCGAGCCGCUCACAGAGGCUGCAAUGUCGACAAAACGAAGGAAGGUUUCCCACGAAGAUGGGGUGCUAAAAGGCGCCCCGGUUUCAGCCCCCAAGACAGCCCCCAAGACCAAAUCAAAGCAUCAGCCCGCAACGGCAACGAAGCCGAAUGACCCAACUCCAUCAUCCGGCUCCGACGCCGAGUCUGCCACUAUAGACGAUGCUUCGAGGCAGGGAAACGGUGAUUCUGCGCCGAAGUCCUUUAGGGAUUUGGGAAUCGUUGAUUCACUCUGUGAGGCUUGCGAGAGCCUCGGUUACAAGAGACCAACCCCGAUUCAGGAGCAGUCAAUCCCACUGGCCCUGCAAGAUCGUGACAUUAUCGGUAUCGCGGAAACCGGUAGCGGAAAAACUGCUGCCUUUGCCCUUCCCAUCCUCCAAGCCCUCCUCGACAAACCGCAGCCCCUGUUCGCCCUGGUGCUGGCGCCUACAAGAGAAUUGGCAGCACAGAUUGCACAGGCUUUCGAGGCGCUCGGCUCUCUGAUUUCGCUCCGAUGCGCUCUGAUCUUGGGUGGUCUGGACAUGGUGCAGCAGGCCAUUGCGCUUGGAAAGAAGCCCCACGUGGUGGUUGCGACGCCCGGGCGGCUUUUGGACCACUUGGAAAAGACGAAGGGCUUCAGUUUACGUAACCUCCGCUACCUGGUCAUGGAUGAAGCUGAUCGCCUCCUCGACAUGGACUUCGGCCCAAUUCUCGAAAAGAUCCUCAAGUUCCUCCCCAGGGAAAGGAGAACAUUCCUCUUCUCGGCCACUAUGUCCAGCAAAGUCGAGAGUUUGCAACGAGCCAGUCUACGCGACCCGCUGAAAGUCACCAUCUCCUCCUCUAAAUACCAGACCGUCUCUACCCUCGUCCAAAACUACCUCUUCAUCCCACACAUGCACAAGGACACCUACUUGAUCUACCUCUGUAACGAAUUCGCCGGCCAAACCAUCAUCAUCUUCACGCGCACCGUCCUUGAAACCCAGAGAAUCGCGAUCCUGCUCCGCACACUCGGCAUGAGCGCCAUCCCGCUGCACGGCGGCCUCUCCCAGGCCGCUCGUCUCGGCGCCCUGAAUAAGUUCCGUGCCGGCUCUCGCGAGAUUCUCGUUGCCACAGACGUCGCCGCUCGCGGUCUCGAUAUACCGAAUGUCGACUGCGUCCUCAACUUCGACCUGCCACAGGACUCUAAAACCUACGUGCACCGCGUGGGGCGUACCGCUCGUGCUGGCAAGUCGGGGCAUGCUAUCAGCUUUGUGACGCAGUAUGACCUCGAGAUUUGGCUACGGAUAGAAGCAGCGCUGGGCACCAAGCUCACCGAGUACGCGUUGGAGAAAGACGAGGUCAUGGUUUUCAAGCCGCGGGUCGAGGAGGCACAACGGCAUGCCAAGAACGAGAUGAAGCAGUUGAUGGAAGACAAGAAGGGAUCGUUGAUGAAACGGGGCAAGGGGAAGAAGAGGGGACCUCCCGGAUCGAGCAGGGACGACAUGGAUGCUGAGGAGGGUUAAGUAAUCCACAUCAUUCUGUGGACUUGGGGAAAUGAGUGCUGGAAUCGUUCAUCUGGAUCAUGGAUUAUGGAGUUAGGUACCGUAGGUAGUCGUUGACUAUGGAGUUAGGCAGUGGUGUGGCGCGUUAAAAUUGUUUACUCGCGUUGACUUGCAGGAUGCGAGAAAAUCUGAGGAGAAAUUGACCGUG